AAUACAAUUCCCCGCGAGCGUCCUUCAACGGCCCAACCUUCUAAUGGCUCCGGUACCCCUCGAGAUCGCGCACCUACUCGCCUCAUAUCUGUAGACAACGUCCUUCAAUAUGCAUCCCAAAUCCCUUCUGGCCAAGCACGCGGUCCACCAGGCAAACGGCCUGCGCCCAACACCCCCCGACGUCUAACUGCUGGUGGGAAUAUAGCUGCGAGGGUAGCAGCACAGAAAGUGCCUGGUCGAAGCACGAAAGUUAGUGAGAAGCUGGUCCUUAUCCCCGAGACCGAUCAGGAUGCCUCAGACGAGGAGGAUGAUGGUGAGGUAGAAGGAGAUGAUGGUCCAUUGAGGGAUGACGAGAUGGAUGUACUGAAGAAGAGGGGAGGGAUCCGUGGGAAGAGUUAUGCGGAGAGGUUACCCAAGGCGAAACGGACGGAUAAGGUGGCUAGAGUUACGGCGUAUUGCACGGCACAAGGAUAUAAGAUGAUGCUUACGGCGGCGUUUGUGAAAGAGAGGCAUGGUGCCAAGACGAAAUUGUAUGAUGACUGUCUAUACACAGUCUACCACCUACCAAUGCUUCCAGGAAGUGAAGGGUUCCGGAUCAAAAGCAGUCCGGUCUUGAAGAGUCCUGGUGGGAAAGCGGUUCUAGAUGAAGAGAUCGAGAGAAGCGAGAAUCGGGAUUACCACGAAGGAUAUUUUGAAGAUUCAGAGACGUACGGUAUUAGAGGCGACGAAGAUAGCCCCCAGAACGAAUCCGAGGAAGACCGAACAAGAAGGGAAGAAGAGGGUCGUAGAACUAGGGAAGCCACCCGAGUCAAAGAACAAGGGCACCGAGGAGACAGCCCGAAUCGAAUUGCACCCGACGCCACAGCAUUCGCCGAGAUGUUCGUUUUCUCUUAUGGCGUCGUCGUGUUCUGGAAUUUUACAGAGAACCAAGAGAAGGACAUCCUGGCCGACUUAACAUUCUACGGGCACGAAACAGGGACCUCAUUACUUUCCCGACCCAUCAAAGAGGACGAUUUUGAAAAGGAAGAGCUCCAUUUCGAAUACAGUCCCAGGGUAGAGAGACCGCGAGUGUUCAACGACAUGAUUACGCUCCGAAGUGGCGAUCAUAUGAUCAAACUCUCCAUAAGCCACGCCAUCGCGCAGAGCACAAAACUAAAUUUCUUCGAAGAAAACAUGUCAAAAACCAUGCUAGACGCACAACAUGUACCCAAACACAUGGCUCUUACGGGCCAGCUAGGCAUGUCUCGGAAAGAAAUCGUCAGGAUCUUAGGCCGGCUCUUCAAGAGUCGUGUAGACGUCAAUCUUUCAUCUAACAUCCUCGACGUCCCUAAUUUUUUCUGGGAUGCCGAACCCACUUUGCACCCGCUCUACUGCGCCAUCCGCGAAUACCUCGAAAUUCAACCCCGCAUCACAGUCCUCAACGAGCGCUGCCGCGUAUUCCUCGACCUCGCCGAGAUCCUCUCCGACUCGAUAGCGGACACGAAAAUGUCCACCAUAACAUGGAUCAUCAUCGUGCUAAUCGUCGUUAGUAUCGCCGUCACGGUCACGGAAGUGGGACUCAGAUUUGGAUUAUUGCAGAAGGGACGAAGUAAUGGCGAUAUUGGGGGCCUGGCUAUUGGAGGUAAACAGUGGGAAGAGUGGAAUUUCUCAAGGAGUGAUUUUAGCCAGAGGCAAGUAGCGGAUAUUUGUGGAGCGGGCAUUGUGCCGGAGAGGUUAGCUGAGUUGUAG